CCUUCUCUCCACUACGAAGCCACACUGCAAAGGCUCUCUGAUUGCUGCCACACAUCACCACCGUCCAUGAACAGCGGCUCGCAGAAGCACCGUGCGCCAUUUGCACCGCUGAACACACUCACAUCAUCACAGGAGCCGGCAUACGCCCCACUUGGCACGCCAGAGUCCUCCUUCUACGGCGACUCGAGCUCCCUCUUCGACGAAGCCUCGAGCCCGUUCGCACCGAGCCCGUAUAUCCCUCCACCCAGCACACAAUCCAGAAUGGUGCGAGAGCGAGAGCCGUCGGCGCUGCCGCCGCGCCCGGAGGCCCAGAAGCCUGCACCCUCCGCGGCCAUGCAAGAGCGCAUCGCAGCUCCACAAUUUGGACAGGCCAGUCCUCUGCGUAACCCGCUGAGGCAAGACAAGCCCAAACACGCCCACUUGUUCAACAUCCCAAAGCCUGGCCAGCCAAGGCCAGAACACCACCAAACAACCGCUCGCAUACCAAACCCACAAGCUCUUCCUACACACAAGCCUCACCAAUCCAGUUCAGCAAAACCUGCGGCCAAGGUAGACGCUUUCGGCCGACCGAUCGACGAUGACCUUUUCGAGAUACCAGCUAGCAGCUUCCAGCCUCGACCGUCGGCCAGCGUACCGGUACCCCGGCCGUUCAACCCACCUGCGCAGACCAUGCAGCCGCCGCCACGCUCGUUGUACUCGUCGAUCGGCCACGGGAAUGGCUUCCAGCCGGUGAAUAGAGGUGCACACAAUCCCCUGCAAGAGGCACGGAAGACGAUCAUCCUAGACGACGAGGAUGAUUUCGACCCUGAUGGCGCCGUGUUCGCAGAUCGCGGUCGGUUCGGCGCACCUGAUUUGGACGCCUACGUCGAUCAGGCACAAGCAAGCGAGAACAUCAAGGCACUUCUUGAGGGUGCGCUGGAUGAAGACGAAGAGAAGAUUCCCCGCACACGAGGGCGAAAGAAGAAGAAGCAGGAGGCGAAGGAUGCUACCAAAUCUCUGGCCGACCGACUUAAGGGGUUGGGCGUCGAGGACAAGGAACCAGAGCCUGAGCCUGAAGAGCCUGAAGCAGAGGACGACGAGGACGACGGCUUCGUCGAUGGUCUGAAGGUCAGCCUGUUGCCGCAUCAAGUCGACGGUGUCUCGUGGAUGAUCGAGAAGGAAACAGGAGCACACAACAAGCGAGGGAAGCUCCCCAAGGGUGGCAUCUUGGCCGACGACAUGGGUCUGGGUAAGACUGUGCAGUCGAUGGCACUCAUCCUCUCCAACCCUAGACCGGAGAAGGGUGCUGAACCCGAGAAUAAGAAGAACAAGAUCCUGGAUAUUGUUGGCAAAGGCACACUUGUCGUUGCUCCACUGGCGCUGAUCAAGCAGUGGGAGUCGGAGAUCAACACAAAGGUCGCGAAGACGCAUGCGCUGAAGGUUCUUGUACACCACGGCCCCAACCGCACAAAGUCAGCCGACAAACUUAAGCAGUAUGACGUCGUCAUCACGACCUACCAAGUCCUUGCAUCCGAGCAUGCGCAGUGUGGAGAUGGUCCGGACGGUCUCAAGAAGGGUUGCUUUGCGGUGCACUGGUACCGUAUGAUGUUGGAUGAAGCCCACACAAUCAAGAACCGCAACGCAAAGAUGACAAAAGCUUGUUAUGAAGUUCGCUCGCACUAUCGUUGGUGUCUGACUGGUACACCGAUGCAGAACAACCUCGAUGAGCUACAGAGCUUGAUCAAAUUCCUCCGCAUCCAGCCGUACUGUGAGAUGUCGGCUUGGAAAGAUUCCAUCACUGGUCCUAUGAAGAACGGUCGUGGUAACCUUGCCAUGCGACGACUACAGAUCUUCCUCAAAGCCUUCAUGAAGCGCCGAACCAAGGAUGUGCUCAAAAAAGACGGAGCGCUCACGUUUGGAGGGAAGGGCAAGGACGGCGCAGAGAAACCAGCCUUCCAGAUUGUUGAGCGAAACGUCGAGACUGUCAUAGGAGAAUUCACGGCCAAAGAGCGCGCUUUUUACGAUCGCUUGUCUACUCGAGCCCAAGACCGCCUUGAAGAGCUGAUGGGUGGCGCGAAGCAGGACUACAUUGGAGCUUUGGUCUUGCUGCUUCGUUUGCGACAGGCGUGCAACCACCCCAACCUCACCAAGAGCAAUGUCAAGGACGACAAGGAUGCGUUGACAACGGGGUCGAAACAAGGAACACAGACUGAAUUUCAGACUCCUCGAAAGGGCCCCCGGGGCGACGAUGCCGAUGACCUGGCGGAUCUGCUCGGUGGCUUGAGUGUGGCCACCAAGCGCUGUGAUUUGUGUCAACGAGCGCUCAAUCGCGACAACGCUGCGAACGGUUCCAUCCGUUGCCAUGACUGCGAGGAAGAUCUCAACGCCUCGACAAAGAAGAUGAAGAAGCAUAAGAAGAAGCACCGCAAAGACAAGCACAGGUCUGAGAAGACGAAAAAGUCAUCUAAAACAGUAGAUCCUACGGAUGACGAUGACGAAGACGAAGAGGACGUUGUCCGGCCCUCACAAGCAUCCCGUCAGCGCCGCGUCAUUGUAGACAGCGAUGACGAGGAAGAAGAGGGCGAAUGGCUAGUGCCCGAGGACCAGCAACAAUCUGAAGACCUCGGUGUUGCUGGGGGUACAGAUGACGAGGACGCAGAAGGCGGCGGUGACACAUUGGCAUCCAUCGACUCUCAAGCGACUGGAAGCGUCGAUGACAGCAAGAGCAACCUGGACUCUUUCAUUGUGCACGAUACUGACAGCGAGGAUGAGGCGCCGAUAGUACGCAAGAAGCUGUUCACAAAGGAGAAACCCCGAAUAGCCAGGCCUGUGUCUGACCGCGAAGAUGGCUCGACCACAGAGGCAGAAUCGGAGUCAGGCUCAGAAGACGAAGACGAAGACGAGUCUGCGACAGAGGAGUCAGACUCCGACUACAACGCUUCUGACCUCGUCCCGUCGACGAAGAUCCGCCAGCUCCUCCAGAUCCUGGAGAAGGAGACACCGGACCACAAAGUCAUUGUCUUCUCGCAGUUCACCUCCAUGCUCGACCUUAUCGAGCCAUUCUUAAAGCGCGCGAACUUCGUCUUCACUCGCUACGAUGGAAGCAUGCGUAAUGACCUGCGUGAAGCCAGCUUGCACAAGCUGCGCGAAGACAAGCGCACUCGGGUGCUGCUGUGUAGUCUGAAGUGCGGAAGUUUGGGUCUAAAUCUUACGGCUGCGUCGAGAGUGGUCAUCAUGGAGCCGUUCUGGAAUCCUUUCGUCGAAGAACAGGCCAUUGACCGCGUCCACCGCCUCAAUCAAACUGUCGACGUGACCGUGUAUCGUCUCUCCAUCCACAACAGUGUCGAAGAGCGCAUCCUCGAGCUUCAAGAGGCAAAGCGCAAACUUGCGCAGGCCGCGAUCGAGGGCGGCAAGGCCAUCGGCAAGCUCUCCAUGAAGGACAUCCUCAACCUCUUCAAGCGCGAGGCCGAGUACGAUCACACUCAUAUGGAUGCAGGCCCUGAACAGGACAUCUUCACUAAGAGGAGGGUGCUUGAACAGGGGGCUGAGAUCGGCGGGAGGGGAGAAUCGACGGCGCCGAAGCCCGCGAGGAAGGCGGGUAGUCUGGGGUUCAGGAAGGAGAGGAAAGAGGACACUGUUUAUGGCCGGCGUUAGAAAUGUGUUCACAGGUCUUUGCAGACAACGAUUAGAUGACAGACGGAUGCAUCAUGAGGCGUUCUGACUUCUGGAUACUUCCCUUGGAUGCGAGAUUCAUAUGGCGUUUGAAUUAAGAUUACCAUUUUUUGAACCAUUCCCCUUGCGCCGGCUGUUGGAUAUCUCGCUUAUAAAACACCUCGUAAAAAAUCAUAACCACUACAGAUAAAAUCACAAUCACAAUAGCAGCGAUGCCCUUGCGGUUCUCCCUGCUGAAACGAGGCCGUCUGCUCAAACGAGACUGUCGACGACCCGAAAAACGUCGCAAAGGGGGCAUGUCAGUUAUACCCUCCUCGUUAGUUCUCUCACGUCGAACCGGCCUGAAGUUGCCCAACUCGUCCGCGAAGACUAUCGGUGCGGGUGCUGC